UUGCUGUGGCCGGCAAGAGUUGGAAGGGAUUCCCCCCGUACCCCCCUUUCUUUUUUUCCUCCUCUUCCUCCUCCUCCUCCUCCUCCUCGUUGCACAUCUGAGGGCGGCAGCGGGGCUGGCUCCCCGCUCCCGGAGGUCGCCUUUGUUUUCCCCGUGUCGCUUCUCCCGAGCAGCCGAGGGGGCGGGAGGGGGCCGGGGCCGGGCUGGGCUGUGCCCGGCUGGGCUGGACCGCCUGCCCUUUCUCCUCCUCGCCCGCCGGAGCUCGCCGAGUUGGUGCCGCUCCCUCGGGCGGCGUUUUCCCCCCGCCCCGGGGCUGAGCAGCCGCCGCCCCCCGGGACCCCCAUGGCACCGCCGCGAUGUUCGUGUCCCGGCUCCUGGAUUUCCAGAAGACGCGCUACGCCAGGUUCAUGAAUCACCGUGUCCCGUCCAACUGCAGGUACCAGCCCACGGAAUACGAGCACGCAGCCAACUGUGCCACCCACGCUUUCUGGAUUCUGCCCAGCAUCCUUGGCAGCUCCAUCCUCUACAUCCUCUCUGAUGACCAGUGGGAAACCAUCUCAGCCUGGAUCUAUGGCUUUGGCUUGUCCAGCCUCUUCAUUGUCUCCACCAUCUUCCACACCAUCUCCUGGAAGAAGAGGCAUCUCAGGACUGUGGAGCACUGUCUACACAUGUUUGACAGGAUGGUGAUCUACUUCUUCAUCGCCGCGUCCUACGCUCCCUGGUUGAACCUGAGGGAGUUGGGUCCCUGGGCCUCCCACAUGCGCUGGAUCAUCUGGAUCAUGGCAUCCAUCGGGACCGUCUACGUUUUCUUCUUCCACGAGCGGUACAAGCUGGUGGAGCUAGUGUGCUAUGUCAUCAUGGGCUUCUUCCCCGCCUUGGUCAUCCUUUCCAUGCCCAACAGGGACGGCCUCCUGGAGCUGGUGGCCGGUGGGUUCUUCUACUGCCUGGGCAUGGUGUUCUUCAAAAGCGACGGCCGCAUCCCGUUCGCCCACGCCAUCUGGCACCUCUUCGUGGCCAUCGGAGCUGGCAUCCACUACUACGCCAUCUGGAGGUACCUCUACCAGCCCGGAGCUCUGGACACCAAAACCUCCCGGUAGAAGCCUUAAAGACAUUGUUGGUGCCACCUGGCACGUGGGGACACAGAGGGCAGCGGGGACACAGCCUGCACCGUGGGCUCGCCCCAAAGCACCCCCUCACCCCAUGGACAGCAGCUGCUGGUGCCCUUCCCGCACAGACAGGAGAGCCCAGAGGUUGAUUUUAAAUGCUUUUCUUUUUUAA